UUAUAUAAAUACAAUUACUUGAUGGAUUAAAUAGAUUUAUAAGAUAUGAGAAAGAAGCUUCAUGCUUACAAAAAGACUGGAAAAAAAUAAGUCAUUAGUAUUCUUAAUUAAUUAGAAGAUCCAAAAAUUGAUUAAAAGUAUAAUUACUGAUAUAGAUUUAGGGCACUUGCUGAAUCAAAAAUUCAUAAAACUGUGAGGACACUUACUUAAAUUGAAUUAAUAGGAGAUUCAAUUUUAAGUGAACAAGAUCUUAAAUAAAUGAAAGAAAAAGCAACAGAAACCUUAUAAAAAUUGAAAAGAAAUGAGAAGCCAGGACCAUAAGAAAAAACAACAACAUUGUCUGUAACUCCAGAUAGAAAAUAAUCUGUAGAAGUGUAAAAUACAGUACCAAUUAAUUAAAAUGAUUUUAUUAAUUAAUUGGGACUUCCAUAGAAUUUUGAUCCAACAAGAUUAAAAGUAUUAUAAACAAUAAUACAGAAAUUUUGUAGUGAAUAAAUUCCAUAGUAAGAAAGCAUAACAUUUUGUAAGAGAUUAGAAAAUGAAGUAAAUGAUUUAAUUUAUUAAAGAUUAGAAUGAAGUUUAAGGAUAAGGAGAGACAAUAUUAAACAGCAAUAAAAGAGAUAUUGAAAUACUUAUAAAAUGAUAAAGAUGGAAGUGUUAGAAAUAGAUUAUUAACUGGUUUAAUUGAUAUUCCAACAGCAGCUUAAUUAAGAUCAGAAGAUUGGACAAGUGCAACUGUAUUAUAUAAUAAAGUCUAUAUGAUUAGAGAUUAGCCAUAGCAGGUGGAGUAGGAAGAGAAAUUCUAUCAGCAAAUGAUAUGAAUCAUAAUAAAUAUAUAGCAUAAGCUAUUAAUAAAGAUGUAGCAUUAGCAAUGUGUAAUAAUUGUGGAUAAAAAUAAAUGAAAAUGGUUAAUGAAAUUUAAACUAGAGCAAGUGAUGAACCAUCAACUAAAUUUUACGAGUGUUUGAAUUGUGGGAUUGGAGAAACUACAAAUGGAUGAUUUUAUUGGUUAUUGAAUAUAAAUAUAAUAAUACACUUACAAAAGAC